AUAUUUCAUAAAUAUGUAGAAUGUUUUAACAAAUGAUAUUUCUUUAAUGAAUUUGCAAAAAACUGAUUUUCAUUAACCUUGUGUGAUCAUGAAUAGUCUGAAAUUCAUUUUUGCUAUUUAUGCAACUAAAACCUCCUUUUACGAAGCUUUUCGUUACAUUAUUUUUGUUACGUAAUAAUAAUAUUUUUAACAAAAAUGAUUAUUGAUAAUGCACUCUUAAUCCCAUUAAAAGAUAAUAAUUUUUAUCUUAUGGCAAUUUAUGAUUACUCAUAUUUGUUAGCAUUAUUUUGUACUGCAUUGAUCAAUAAAAAUGUUCUAUUGUAGUAACAAUAUUUAAGCGUACAAUUAGUUAAUUUAUUAUAGAUGUGAUUAUUAUCUAGUCAGAUGUUGUAUCAUAAAUUAAUCGAUUUUCCGACUAUCAAAAUUUCACAUCUCAUCAAAACCACGCCAUUUAUUCGUUCGUUGACUCAGAGUUAUUCUGGUGUGACAUUUAUCAAACCUCACGCGAACUUGAAUCGCCAAAAUUAUUCUACUCAUACUUAUUUGGUAUAAUAUUAAUUAAAUCACUUGUUCAUUUUCUUUGACAUGAAAAAAUAUUAUCCGUCAAAAUAUAAGUUAAUAUAUUAAUAGAAACAGUAACGUUAAAUAAAAUGUUCGGUUUAUCAUUAAUUCUGUUAUCAUUAAUUUCUAUUCAACAUCAAAUACUUACUCAUGAAUCUCCAUCACCUAUGACACUUCAAUUGAUUCUUGAAUAUUCCAAAUGGCGAUCAUGGAACCAAAUAGUUCUUUUUGAUGAUUUAUCCGCAAGUUAUGAUGCUUUAUCAUAUAUAAAACCACUUCUUCGAUGUCUUAGUGAUCAAGGAAUGAGUAUUUCUUUCCAGCCUAUACGUUCCCCGAAAUUACCAGAAGUUCUUCGGAUUCAAACUCAUCGAGUAGGAGCUAUUGUUCUACUCGAUCAUGUUAAUUCAACAUCUGCUGAUAAUGUUCUUAAAAUUGCUUCUAACAAAAGAUUAUUUGAUUAUUACAUAUCCUGGUUACUGAUAACUUCACGACCAAAUGAUGCAUCAAUCGACAUCAGUCUACGUAAUCUUUCAAUAGGUAUCAAUACUGAUGUCAUUAUAGCCACUUCGUCACGUUUAAAUCAAUAUACGCAAACUCGUGAUUUUUGGAAUAAUUUAACAUCAAUAACUAAUAGGACCUGUAAAGCAUUACGUGAUUAUACAACAACUUAUGAAUAUAUUGAUACAAAUAAUGAAGAAAAUAUAAUUGAGAAUGUCACUCAAAAUUUAGAUUAUUCUCCUAAAAUUAAUUCAACUGUGUGCUUUUAUCUUGUUCAUAUUUAUAAAAUUAAAAUAUCCGAUAAUUUUAGUUUAAUUGUAGACCCUUUGGGGUCAUGGAGUCCUGGCAUGCUCAUGAUUAAACUUCCGAUGGAUGUAGUAUUGAGAAAUAAUUUCCAUCGAUUGCCAAUAAUUGUUGGAGUGUUGAAUGGUACAAGUGAGAGUCAAGAUGAAGAAAAUUCAUCAUAUGAAGACGGUAAUAGUGAUGAUAGUCCACUCAAUGACUUUAUAAAUUUUUUAGCUAGUAGCUUGAAUGCAAGUUUGGAGACUGUGUUUCAUGAAAAGGUAGGUACUAUGACAAAUAAAGUAUGGAGUAAUCUUCUGGGAGAUAUCUAUAGUGGUAAUGUUGACAUUGGAUUGGGUUACAUAACAAUUAACGAUGAUCGCCAACGAGACAUGACUUUUUCUCAUCCUUUAAUACGAUACACACGAAAUAUUUAUAUCCGACCACCAGAAUCUAGUUCGAUGAGAGAUAUUUUUCUUCAGCCUUUUAAUAAUCGUCUUUUACUGUGUGUCGCUCUCAUGCAUACUCUCAUUGUUCUAACUAUUGGAACUAUUAAUUAUGCCACAAAGAAUUCAUCUUAUAAACAAUCUAUGAAAGGAACAAGUUUUGGAGAAGCUACACUUUGGUGUACUGGAAUUAUGUUUAUGCAAGGUUCACCGUGGAAGCCACAGACGUUAUCUGGAAAAUUAGCACUUUUAUCAAGUUUAAUUUUUGCUCUAGUAACAUAUAAUGCUUAUGCAGGUUUUAUUACUUCAAUAUUAUCUGUACAAGUUACUGGAAUUAAAAAUGUUAAUGAUUUACUACAAAAUAAUUUUAAAGUCGGGUACAGUGAGCUUGAUGAUGAAUUUAUGAGGACAACUAACGACAGUAAUCUACGACUAUUGUAUAUUAAAGCUUUUAAUAGUCGAGAAUCUCGCUUGGAUACUACUUUGGGAUUGAAAAAAGCUGUUGAUGGUGGUUAUGGAUUUUUUGCUAGUGCCUCUUUAGCUAGAAGGACUCUAAGAACUGCUCUUAUACAAGAACGAUGUUCAUUAAAAGAAAUUGAAGUUGGACAAACGUUUACAACUGUCGCUUUACCCAUGGAAAAACAAAGCCCCUAUGAAAAGAUUAUCAAUCUUAGUAUUUUGAAAAUGCGAGAACAUGGAGUCAUUGAUAGAAUCGCAGAUCGAAUGCUGCCUGAUAUGCCUAAAUGUCGAGAUUCAACAACAUUCCGUAGUGCCAGAAUAGCUGAUGUAUAUUCAGCUUUUAUUAUUCUUAUGAUUGGAGUUGUUACUGCAAUAUCUCUUGGUAUAGUCGAACGAAUUUGGAAUAAUAGACUAAAUUUAAAGAAUAAAUUGUUCAAUUAUAAUUCAAAUGAUAAAAGCAAAAACAAUCAAAUUUUAUCGUUCAAAAAUUUUUUCAAGUAUAAAAAACCGAAUAACAAUUUAAGUAACAUAAUACAAAAUAGUUACUUUAAUGAGAAUCAAAAUUGGUGGGAUAAUUAUUACUAUUAUUCAUGGAAUCAGAAUAUUAAAAAAAAAUUAAAUCAUCAGCAUCCAAAGUUAUUGAAAAAACAUUCAAUAAAUUCUCAAGAACAUGUAUUACCUUUCCGAAAUUAAACAUAAGUAAAUUAUUUUCCAACAAAGAGUGAAGUUAACAGGUCCUAACGGUAUUAACAGAUGAUUAAUUAUACAACAGACAUUAAUAUUAUCUAAUCUUCUGUUACUAAAAAUAGUUUUUUAUUGCAUGAGAACUAUGUUCAAUAUAAAAAAAGAGUAGUUAACUAAAAUUUUUAAAAUAUCAUCUUUCUCUGAGAUGAAUCUUCAUUUUGUGAAAAAUACUUUUUAUCUUGACUUUCUUCAAAAUUUCUACAGUCACUAAAAAUUCCCCCAUUACUUCGACAAAAAAUUGUAGCUAAACUUGUGUUUUGUGAUUUGAGAAACCACUUUAACCAGUAUUUAUAAACGUU